GGAGGGGGCUGAGCGCCGUGGGAGGGAACGAAGGAGCGCGAGCGAGCGAGCGAGCAAGCGAGCGAGCGGGGCAUUUCUGCGCAGCUCCUGAGCGUCUUGAAGACCGCUCGGGCGGCCACUGGACGAGGGCACCGAGAGACAGACAGACGGACGGCUCCCGGAAGCCGCGCCGCCGCCGCCGCCAGGUUAGCAGGGCGCGGAGACCGCGCAGGCUGUCGCUACGUCCCGAGCCUCGCGUGCUGGAGGACGUGCGUGGCCGGAGCCGGAGCUACAAUUCGUGUCUUAGCGGGUGCCUGGCUGAGGACGUCCUCCCCAGGGAGCCAGUGUGCCGAGGAGGAGGGGCGUGCUGGUCACCAUGACAACAGAGACAGGCCCAGAUUCUGAGGUGAAGAAGGCUCAGGAGGAGACUCCACAGCAGCCAGAGGCUGCUGCAGCUGUGACCACCCCGGUGACCCCCGCAGGCCACAGCCACCCAGAGACCAAUUCCAAUGAGAAGCAUCUGACCCAGCAGGACACAAGGCCUGCUGAACAGAGCCUAGAUAUGGAGGAAAAGGAUUACUGUGAGGCCGAUGGCCUGUCGGAGAGGACCACGCCCAGUAAGGCCCAGAAGUCACCCCAGAAGAUUGCCAAGAAGUUCAAGAGUGCCACCUGCCGCGUCACCCUGCUUGAUGCCUCUGAGUACGAGUGUGAGGUGGAGAAGCACGGCCGGGGCCAGGUGCUGUUUGACCUGGUCUGUGAGCACCUUAACCUCCUCGAGAAGGACUACUUCGGUCUGACCUUCUGCGAUGCCGACAGCCAGAAGAAUUGGCUGGACCCCUCCAAGGAAAUCAAGAAACAGAUCCGGAGUAGCCCCUGGAAUUUUGCCUUCACAGUGAAGUUCUACCCUCCUGACCCAGCCCAGCUGACAGAAGACAUCACAAGGUACUACCUGUGCCUGCAGCUGAGGGCAGACAUCAUCACGGGCCGCCUGCCUUGCUCCUUCGUCACGCAUGCCCUGCUGGGCUCCUACGCCGUGCAGGCUGAACUGGGUGACCAUGAUACCGAGGAGCACGUGGGCAACUAUGUCAGCGAGCUCCGCUUCGCCCCAAACCAGACCCGGGAGCUGGAGGAGAGGAUCAUGGAGCUGCACAAGACAUACAGGGGCAUGACCCCGGGCGAGGCAGAGAUCCACUUCCUGGAGAAUGCCAAGAAGCUCUCCAUGUAUGGAGUUGAUCUGCACCAUGCUAAGGACUCUGAGGGCAUCGAUAUCAUGCUAGGUGUCUGUGCCAAUGGCCUGCUCAUCUACCGGGACCGCCUGAGAAUCAACCGUUUUGCCUGGCCCAAGAUUCUCAAGAUCUCCUACAAGAGGAGUAACUUCUACAUCAAGAUCCGUCCUGGGGAGUAUGAGCAGUUCGAGAGCACCAUCGGCUUCAAGCUCCCUAACCACCGCUCAGCCAAGCGGCUGUGGAAGGUCUGCAUUGAGCACCAUACGUUCUUCCGGCUGGUGUCUCCAGAGCCCCCACCCAAGGGCUUUCUGGUGAUGGGUUCCAAGUUCCGGUACAGUGGGAGGACCCAGGCACAGACUCGCCAAGCCAGUGCCCUUAUCGACAGGCCCGCACCCUUCUUUGAGCGUUCUUCCAGCAAACGAUACACCAUGUCCCGCAGCCUUGAUGGAGCUGAGUUCUCCCGCCCUGCCUCAGUCAGUGAGAAUCACGAUGCAGGGCCUGACGGCGACAAGCGGGAAGAUGAUGCCGAGUCAGGGGGACGUCGAUCAGAGGCCGAAGAAGGAGAGGUCAGGACGCCCACAAAGAUCAAGGAGCUGAAGCCGGAGCAGGAAACCACGCCAAGACACAAGCAGGAGUUCCUGGACAAGCCAGAGGACGUCUUGUUGAAGCACCAGGCCAGCAUCAAUGAACUCAAGAGGACCCUGAAGGAGCCCAAUAGCAAACUGAUCCACCGGGAUCGAGACUGGGAGCGGGAGCGCAGGCUGCCCUCAUCACCCGCCUCCCCCUCUCCCAAGGGCACCCCUGAGAAAGCCAGUGAGGCCCAGAGGAUCCAGGACACUUCUCGGCAGGACUUGGUACCUGGGACAGCAACAGGCUUGGAGAUGUUCACUCAGAAAAGCCUCGCAGCAUCUCCUGAGGGCUCAGAGCAUUGGGUAUUUAUAGAAAGAGUAUACACUAGGCCGGAAGACCUCGGCCUCCUAACAGUGGCCGCCACACAACGGAAAGAAAGUGGAUCAAGCCUCACUGGGAUCCUUGCCGACGGCAGACUCUCCAAGGUAGACAUUCUGGUGGACAAGUUCAAAGUCGAAGUGGCCACGGAAGAAACAGUGAGAACCAGAAGAACAAGUACUCAACAGCAGGGCAAGAUGCUUGCAAGUCCAGAAGACUUUGAGACCGUGAGAGAGGAAGACCGGGGAGGUCCCAGAGAGGCCACAUCAACCGACAAGAUUCCCGAGGGCUCCAGGCUCAAGCUCAGGAACCACGGAGUCUCAAAUGGUCAACUAGAGAGCCAAGUAGAAUUGAGCAAGGGACUGGAGAGGCCCCAGACCUGGGGAAGACCAACAGCUGCAGGGGUUGGCCCAGUGCAGGGAGAGGUUCUUUCUCCUGCAGCAGACAAGGGAGGGUUCCAGUCAUUCCUGUUGGAUCCAGCCCAAGCCGAAGCCAGAGCUGACUCGAGCGAUGAGACUGACACCUCCUUCGCAGAGAGGAGCUUCUGUCUGCACUAUGGAGAGAAAGACGCUGAAGACCAGCUUCUCGCCCCACCCUCAGAGCACAGAGAAGAGCACCCGGAUGCCCUUCCUGGAGAGGGGGCCUGGUUGGAGCUGGCAGGAGUGCACACAGAGAACUGGGAGCUGAAGUCCUCAGACCCAAGGGCUUCUGCCCCAGGUUCCAGCCAGCAUAAAGACCAAGCCCAUAAGGCUCCCUCAGCAGAAGAAGCCUGGUCUCCCAGGGACCACGGAAGACCUGAGGACCCUCAGGGAGCUGCUGUCGGUCAGACUUUGGAAGAGGUCUGGGAAAACACACAGCAGAGGCUAGAAGGAGAGUUGGUCCAGCCACUGGCCAGUGUAGCUGAAGAUGAGGUCCCCACAAGUAUAGCCUGGAUGGGAAAGACUGAGAAAAGUCCCCCAGCAAGAAGGAAGAAGAGCCCCCCGGGUAGAGGAGGAGGGGUGCACCUAGACGCCCAGGCUUGUGCCCUUCUGAGGACCAUCCCUCCUUGUGUCAGGAAGCCAGCCAGGCCAGACCAAGGCAGCUUCCUGCCCAAAGAGAAGGGGGAAGUUUCCCCUCCUGCAGUAGAACCUGAGACAGAGGACAGGGACACAGUCAGCCCCCUGCCAGCCUCCUCUGGUCACACUGAGGUUCUGGCAGCUGUGGAGGGCACCUCUCUAAGCCCACUCCCUCCUGGGUCAAGGGGGCCUUCGGAGUCCAGGGAAUUCUUUAGAGACCAGUUCCCUGUCGUUCUCAAAUAUAUCCAUCUUCCCGAAGAGAGCCCAGUACCCAAGGACCCACAAGGUGACCGCAAAGCACCUCCAGUUGCCAGUAAGAAGCCCAGAUUUGUCCCUGAAGGAAGUGAGGAACCUGUACUCCUGGGAUUGAUGUUCCCUUCAGGAAAGCAGGAGACUUCACUCCAGGACUGGGACCAAGGGGGUUCCCAGGAAGAUAUUAGCAAGACCUCAGUGGCUAACAAAAUUCGGAUAUUUGAGACCCAUGGAGCUGAGACUUGCCGAGCCAGUCAGGGUGAAAUGAGGACCCUUCCACAUGAGCUGCCUUCGGGAGCUUCCCCAGGACAGGUAGAACAGCGAGAUAAUCUCCUAGACUUGGGCUUUGUCCAACUCCAGCCCCCUGGGGACUUGGCCAGCCCCAAAGUUACCUGUUCUUCUGUCAAGCCUCUGGCUACCCAGCACUGUGGGGAGGGCACCCCAACUACUUACCACCAGGAAAGAUGCACAGACCCAGAGCUCGUGUCCCCUGAUUCAGGCUGUGAAACCACGCUGGAGGAAGCGACUGGGAGCAAAUCCGGAGACGCGGGCAGGGAAGACAAGAGCUCCUUCCGCCGCUUAGCGCCAAACACCCCUGGAAAGGGGGGGCGUCUGAGAUUCGCCAGCCCUCCAGGCCCUCAGAGAGCAGGGCUGAGGGAGGGCUCGGAGGAGAAAGUCAAACCGCCACGCCCACGUGCCCCAGAGAGUGACACGGGAGAUGAGGACCAGGACCAGGAGAGGGAUGCGGUAUUCUUGAAGGACAACCACCUGGCCAUUGAACGCAAAUGCUCCAGCAUAACGGUCAGCUCCACGUCCAGCCUGGAGGCUGAGGUGGACUUCACGGUUAUUGGUGACUACCACGGGGGCGCCUUUGAAGACUUCUCCCGAAGCCUCCCUGAGCUCGAUCGGGAUAAAAGUGACUCUGAGACAGAGGGCCUGGUGUUCGCCAGGGAUCUCAAGGGGCCCUCCAGCCAAGAGGAUGAAUCUGGGGGCAUCGAGGACAGCCCGGAUCGAGGGGCCUGUUCUACCCCAGAAUUGCCCCAGUUUGAGUCUGUGAAAGCAGAAACCAUGACCGUCAGCAGUCUGGCAAUCAGGAAGAAGAUCGAGCCGGAGGCCAUGCUGCAAAGCAGAGUCUCCACUGCAGACAGCACCCAGGUUGAUGGAGGUGCUCCAGUGGCGAAAGACUUCAUGACAACUCCCCCCUGCAUCACCACAGAGACCAUCUCGACCACUAUGGAGAACAGUCUCAAGUCCGGGAAGGGGGCAGCUGCCAUGAUCCCAGGCCCACAGACGGUGGCCACGGAAAUCCGUUCUCUUUCACCGAUCAUCGGGAAAGAUGUCCUCACCAGCACGUACGGCGCCACCGCGGAAACCCUCUCAACCUCUACCACCACCCAUGUCACCAAAACUGUGAAGGGAGGGUUUUCUGAGACAAGGAUCGAGAAGCGAAUCAUCAUUACUGGGGAUGAAGAUGUCGAUCAAGACCAGGCCCUGGCUUUGGCCAUCAAGGAAGCCAAACUUCAGCAUCCAGACAUGCUGGUAACCAAAGCUGUUGUCUAUAGAGAAACAGACCCAUCCCCGGAGGAGAGGGACAAGAAGCCACAGGAAUCCUGACCUCUGUGAAGAGAUGCUGGCGUGUCUGGUCCAACCCAAGCCAGAGAAUCAUUAAGAAGGGGCCUUCAUUCUGGAUUCUCCGACAAUACCAACACCCCAGCUGCGACGUACUGUCAUUGACGAGAGACUGGGAAGGGAAAGCAUAUAUAUAUAGAUAUAUAGAGAUAUAGAUAUAUAUACAGGAAACACCGCGUCCUUGCACCGCUGCUGGGGCUGGCGGAGCAGUCAGCUGAUGGCCACAACCAACAUCGGCAACAACCUUCAUUUCCUUUGCAGGCAAAUUGAAUUGGUGGGAACUUUUUUUUUUCCUUCAGGAAAAUGUAUAACGAUCAUAAUCUCUCGCUCCCCGAGCCCCUUCUUCUGCAAACUACAAAAGCAGACCGAGAUGAUUGUAGACAUUCCCUUGAACCCCGGCUGCACAGACUCCAGGAUGGACGAGCGCCCCGUCUGUUCUCCAGCCUCUGUUGCUCCCUCUAAUGCAAAGGAAGAAAGAAACAAGAUCGUGUAGCCAAGCCAGAGAAGCCACAGCAGCAAGACAUGCAGAGUCGGCUGUUUUCCAAGAAAGAAUGGAAGUCUGCCACACAGGGAGGAGGAGGAGGAGGAGGUGGAGGAGGAGGA